AUGUCAGCCAUUCAACAUCAUCAGUCUAGGAUCAUCUCAGCGAUCGAAACACUCGCCGAAUCACUCACCGCCGUCGAUUCUGUGGGUUUAGCAUCGUCUAGUUCAUCUCCGGUGUCCGCUAUUCAACUCAGGAACAUCUAUCGCCGUCGAGAACAACUCCUCGUUGUCAAGCUCACGAUCGAACGUUGCUUGGAAGUGCUCAAAGAACGUUACGAGUCGUUUCGCUUAUUUGUUCGCUACCAGGAACAUUACGCAUCGCACAUUGAGGAGCUCAAUCGUUUUUGGAGUCAGGUACAAGGUCAACAAUACAAGCAAGAUGCAGUCAGUGCCAUCGCAGCACUCGAUCAACAACUUCAACGUGACGAAAAUUCAUUCAGUCCGUUCGCUGCGCAUCUUCUUGUCGAUACCGUCGCUCCAUCCCUCACUUCGUCAUCUGUGCGUAAUAUUCAUUCGUCUAGUUCGCCUAUGGACGCGGUCAAAGAGCAUUCUCACCAGGCCUCGCAAACAUCUCCUUCGCACUUCGAGCACUUCAUCCAGCUUCGCAAGUUCGAAGUACCGACGUUCAAUGGAGAUCUCGAACAUUUCAAGGAUUUUUGGUGUCGCUUCAAAGUAGCCGUUCAUGACAAUCACCAGUUGUCAUCGACAAUCAAGUUCAUCUACUUGGCCAACGCUCUUCAGGGUAGCGCAUCGCUUAUAGUGCAAGGGUUCGAUCCAUCAACGCCCGAAAGUUGCCAACUCGCUGUACGCGCGCUUAAACAAUACUACGACCGUCCAUACUUUUCACACAAUUUAUAUUCUUCGAAAUUACAACAUUUACCAAUAUCGUCUGUUUCAGCUUCGUCACAAAGAGAUACGCUCUUGCAAAUCCAAGCCUACCUUACGCAGAUUAACCGUUCUGAAGAUACAGUCGCUGUCUCUCAAGAAACUCAUCAAGACCAGUUCCCCCAUGAGACGCUACUGGAAGUUAAUCGCAUCGAACAUCGUUCUGGUAAGGUUUGGACGCUUCCCGAAUUCUUUGAUGGCCUUAACACCGUCAUUGAGGAGCUCGAGAGGCUAGAAGAUCUUGCGGUACGUAUAUCUUUAACAAACAGAGUCGAAUACUAG